AUGCCCUCACAACGUCGCACGAAGUUCUUUGGCAUCCUCAUCGUCACCACAAUUGUUGUCCUCUUCUACAUGUCAAGAGCAGCACACCAAACACAAUCAUCGGAUUUCUAUACAAAAACGCAACAAGCCUUACAAGAGAAAGAAUACGCAGAAGCGGCCAAGCAACGCGACGCGGAGAGCGUCGGAUCGCGACUCAAAGCUGCUGAGGAUCAGGCUAAGAAGAACGCCGAGAACAAAUACGCAGACCACAAGGUCCAGGUUGAGGGUCAAGAUCAGAAGAGCGUUGCGGGCAGAGUCAAGAUGGAUGGCGACAAGGUUCCUGGCGUCGCGCAACAGGGCGGUAGACCGCACGACCAAGCAGCGAUGAAGGAGAAUGAGACACUCGAAGACCAUGAAGUUGAGAUGGAGCUCAAUGCCAUCUUGAAGAAGAGCCCAAUGAUCAUCUUCUCUAAAUCCUACUGCCCUUACUCGAAGAAAGCGAAACACAUUCUCAUCGAAAAAUACAACAUUAAACCCGAACCCUACGUCGUUGAGCUCGAUCAAAGCCCAAUAGGCCAACAACUACAAGCAUUCCUACACAAGUCUACAGGUCGGCGGACAGUGCCCAACAUUCUACUGAUGGGCAAGAGCAUUGGAGGUGGCGACGAUAUUGAAGAGCUUGAUCAGACCGAUACCCUUGUGGCCAAGAUCAAGGAGAUAGGCGGUCUAUCUAACAUGUGCCUCUACUGGAAGAAGCUGCACACAUGCAACCACCUCUCUGACCGCCCAUACAUCGAAAUGUGCCGCACAGGCUUUCUCUCCAACACAGUGUGCCCAGACAUCAGCGAAGACGACAAGCCCCGUCCGUCGCACUUCCCUUGCUACCCCUGCAUCAAGCUUGAGGCCCGCAUCGAGGCCGAAGCUCAGAUCCGAUUCGAGCAGCACGAGUUUGCCAAAGCCUACGAAACUCGCGAGCGUGCCAUGAGAGAGAAACAGGCAGCAGAACUGCGGGCCAAGGAGGAACGCGUUCGACGUGAGGCACGCGAUAGGGCGGCAAGAGAGCGAGAGGCAGAGCAGCGUAUGAAGCGCGAGAAAGAAGAGGCUGAGCGCAGGGCCAAGAAGGAGGGAGGUGCUUGGAUUGAGACUUCAGUUGGAAGGAAGCCCAAGAGCAAGAGAAGCGGCGGUGGUAGUGGCUCUGCAAGCACUCCCGCGAUACCAUUGAAUUCUCUGUCCACCCUCAAGAUGGCUACUGCUCCCAAGAACGUCAACGAGAUCGGUGGAGGCAUUGGAGGUGGUGAGAGGAUAAGUCCCAAGAAGGAUCGUGUUGACACUGGUGGUAGAGCUGGUACUUGGGGACCUAAGAAGAUCUUGAGCAGACAGGAGAACGUCGCUGGGAUCAACACACAUGCGGGGAACUGGGGUCUUAUCGUUCACGGCAUCGAGAUCCUCUUACUCAACUUCCACAUAUGGGAAGCGUAUUCGUCUAUUGUCGUGGUUGAGCUGGCGUGGUUGACAUACGUGGUCACUCAGUCACUUGUCCUUUACUCUCGCCUCAACCUCGUACUAAGGAACACGCAAAUCGGACGCUAUCGUCACCCAAAAUUCACAGCACGACUUCACCACGCCAAUGUUACCUGGGACAAAGUGCAAGUCUCCGCGUUCUUCGUCCAAGAGACCCUUAUCAACAUUCUCUACAUCUGCGAAACUGCCAAAUACCUCAAAAACAUGGAACUUCUUGGCAACUGUCGCCAUACCACGCGUACCAAUCUUCGGAAUCUCAUCGCUGUCAAUGUUCUUAUAAUCAUACUCGAUUGCAGCGUUAUGGGGUUGUGUUUCAGUGGGUACUUUAACCUUCAAGGCUUCUACAAGGUUGCUGUGUAUGCUGUAAAGCUCCGUACCGAGUUUACGAUUUUGAACCAGUUGCGGAAGGCGUUGACUGGCACCUCAACCGGCAGAUCGGGACUUGUUGUGCAAAGGGACGCUUGCAUUCCUCUGCCAAAGAGGGACAACAUCGUUGAGGUGGUCGAAUAA